AUGGCGGCAGGACUCUCAACCACCGUAACAUUCAAACCGCUCCACCGCUCUUUCUUUACCUCAUCCUUCUCCUCCUCCAAUUUCCGCCUACACCACCCGAAAUCCUCCUCCUCAGCCGUAUUCCCUGAGUCUCUCCGAUUCAAAGGCUUUUCGGUCUGUUACGUCGUCGAGGAGCGGAGACAGAGCUCUCCCACCGAUAACGAUGAGAGACCAGAAAGCACGAGCUCCGCCGCUAGGGACGCCGAGUUCCUCGCGCUGCGUUUGGCGGAGAAAUUGGAGAGGAAGAAAUCUGAGAGGUUCACUUAUCUAAUCGCCGCAGUGAUGUCGAGCUUCGGCAUCACUUCCAUGGCUAUCAUGUCCGUUUAUUACCGAUUCUCUUGGCAAAUGGAGGGAGGAGAGAUCCCAAUGUUGGAGAUGUUCGGAACAUUUGCUCUCUCUGUUGGAGCUGCUGUGGGAAUGGAGUUCUGGGCAAGAUGGGCUCAUAAAGCUCUGUGGCACGCUUCGUUGUGGAACAUGCACGAGUCACAUCACAAACCGAGAGAAGGUCCGUUUGAGUUGAACGAUGUGUUCGCAAUAAUUAACGCUGUUCCUGCGAUUGCUCUCCUCUCUUAUGGUUUCUUCCAUAAAGGACUCGUCCCUGGUCUCUGCUUUGGCGCCGGGCUAGGAAUAACGAUGUUUGGAAUCGCCUACAUGUUUGUCCACGAUGGUCUGGUGCACAAGCGGUUCCCUGUAGGUCCCAUCGCCGACGUCCCUUAUCUCCGAAAGGUCGCCGCCGCUCAUCAGGAAUUGGAAGAAGUUGGAGGAGAUGAAGAGUUAGAGAAGGAGAUAAGUCGGAGAAUCAAAUUAUACAAAAAGGCUUCGGGUUCCGAGUCGAGUUCUUGA